AUAGUGUAUGUGGAUGAAAAGGAGGCCCAGUGAUAACUUUUUCACAAUUUGGAACAUAAAAGCAAGUAUGGAGGCCCAGGUUGGAGCUGACAUAAAGUUGAGAUUUGGCAGCAGAAAGUUCUACGAUAUCAGAAUACCUUCUUACCAAGAGCUUGCAAAUUUAGGAUCAGAACAAGAUGAGUCAGCCGUUAAACUUUUCAAAUAUAUUGAUGAAAACUGUAUUGGUAGAGAUCGCAUGUUCGACAGUCCGUAUGGAUCGCUUCCAGUGACAUACUGUGACUACACAGCAUCUGGGAGGGCACUAAGGUUUCUUGAAGAUUUUAUUCAAGAUGAGGUUCUUCCUCAUUAUGGAAAUACCCACACAACAACAAGUGUUACCUCUUUGCAGACAACACUGUUUAGACAUGAGGCCAGGUAAUAUGCU